AUGUGUUCAUAUCUAUCUAUCUAUCUAUCUAUCUAUCUAUCUAUCUAUCUUUAUUGCUGUUCAUAUCUAUCUCUAUCGAUCUCUGAUUACUUAACUAUCUGUCUCAGUCGGUUCAUAUCUAUCUAUCUAUUUCAUGAUUAUCUAUCUUACUGUUCGUAUCUAUCUAUCUUACUGUUCAUAUCUAUCUAUCUAUCUAUCUAUCUAUCUAUCUCUGAUUACUUAAGUAUCUCAGUUUGUUCAUAUCUAUCUCGCUCGCUUCUAAUCUAUCUAUCUAUCUAUCUAUCUAUCUAUCUAUCUAUCUAUCUAUCUCAAUUACUUAACUAUCUAUCUCAGUCUGUUCAUAUCUAUCUAUCUAUCUAUCUAUCUAUCUAUCUAUCUAUCUCACAAGUCCAUGACGAUUAUAAACAGAUCGUAAUCAAUACGAUCAAAAGCCGCGAUCUAUUAACCAAUCACGCAGAGCCAAAUUACUAA